CCAGCUUGUUAUCAUUUUACUACUUUCAAUCUAAAACUAGUUACAACCAUCAACCUGUAGAUGGCAGCAUUUGGUCAUCGAGUAAAAAGGAAUCCCACGAAGAAGAAAUCUAUCCGCCCACAGGCCGACUGCUGCUUCCAGUCAGUCAACGUAAACACUGGAACAUCUCCUUGGAUAUUGUAUUAUUUCGUCGUUUUGGAUCUUUUUUCUUCGCAGACUCUGCUACAGAAUUGCUACACGAUGUGAAGAUAGAUAAACAAUAUAAUUGUUAGUUAUGCAUUUGAAGACCGCGGGUUUACCAAGGCCUUGAUGUUGCCCUGCUAACAAAUGCCAAUGAUUCAGCUGGAGAAACCAGUGCUGACUGGUACCAUGCCAGUGGUGUGGCCCACCAUCCUAGACCUAGGCAGAGAUGAGUGCAAACGAAUUCUCCGGAAACUGGAGCUGGAGGCAUACGCUGGGGUCAUCAGUGCCCUGCGAGCUCAAGGAGACCUGACAAAGGAUAAGAAGGAUCUGCUGGCAGAACUCACUAAAAUCCUUGGCAUCUCAACAGAGCGCCACCGUGCAGAGGUUCGCAGGGCUGUGAACGAUGAGCGGCUCACCACCAUCGCUUUUCACAUGUCGGGUCCUAACAGCUCCUCUGAAUGGUCUAUUGAGGGGCGCCGGCUCGUUCCUCUGAUGCCGAGGCUGGUCCCCCAGACCGCCUUCACCGUGGCAGCUAACGCCGUGGCUAGUGCCACGGCCAAUCAAAACGCCUCCCUUCUGUUGCCAGCUGAAACCGGAAACAAAGAAGUUGUUGUAUGUUACUCCUACACAAGCACCACCUCCACCUCCACCAGCGCCACGGCAUCCAGCGGCCCCAUAGGAGCCACCGUCAAAUCCCCUCGACCUGCCAGCCCCUCCUCCAACGUGGUGGUGCUGCCCAGUGGGAGCACCGUCUACGUGAAAAGCGUUAGUUGUUCUGACGAGGAUGAGAAGCCGCGCAAGCGAAGACGCACAAACUCGUCCAGCUCGUCUCCAGUGAUGCUGAAAGAGGUAGCCAAGGUGUCCCCCCCCAUGUCCAAGAGCAUCACCGUGCCUGUGAGCAGCAGCCCCAAGAUGAGCAACAUCAUGCAGAGCAUCGCCAAUUCCCUGCCGCCACACCUGUCCCCCGUCAAGAUCACCUUCACCAAGCCCACCAUUCAGACCACCAGCACCACCACUCAGAAGGUGAUCAUCGUGACGACGUCCCCGAGCUCCAAUUUUGUGCCCAAUAUCCUGUCCAAGUCUCACACUCACAGUAACGCCGCCGUGUCCAAGCUGGGCUCCACCUCAGUGCUGACCACGCCCACCCAGAAGCAGACGGUGGUCUUCCCCUCCAGCUCCAGCCCUUCCACCAUCGCCGUGACCAGCGUGGUGUCCUCCAGUCCCUCAGUGGUCAUGUCCACCAUGGCGUCAUGUGUAGCCUCGGCUGGAGUGAAGGUUUCCUCUGCCAGACUUCCUUCACCAAAGACCCUGGUGGGCUCCCCCACUCAGAUCCUAGCUCACUUCCCCAAACAGCAGUCCCCCAAGCAGCUGCCACAGGGCUCACCGUUAGGAGCGGCCAGUCUCAGCCAGACCCAGAGCACCAGCACCCUUACAGGAGCCAAGCCCACCAUCCAGAUCAAACAGGAGUCUGGGGUGAAGAUAAUUACUCAGCAGGUGCAGCCCAGUAAAAUCCUGCCCAAGCCGUCCUCUGUGGCUCUGUCCAGCAGCAACUCUUCACCCAUCAUGGUCGUCAGUAGCAAUGGCGCCAUCAUGACCACCAAGCUGGUCACACAGCCAACAGCUUCCCAGGCCACCUACACACGGCCCACGGUUAGCCCCAACAUCGGCGCCAGGAUAUCGGCCUCCAGUGGCAGCACCACCUAUGUCAAAACCACCAGCGGCAGCAUCAUCACGGUGGUGCCCAAGUCUCUGGCCACGCUGGGCGGAAAGAUCAUCAGCAGCAACAUCGUCUCUGGCACCACAACCAAAAUCACCACCAUUCCCAUGACAUCCAAGCCAAACGUGAUUGUGGUGCAGAAAACCACGGGCAAAGGGGCGACCAUCCAGGGGCUGCCGGGCAAGAACGUGGUGACCACGCUUCUGAACGCGGGGGGGGAGAAGAGCCUGCAGGCCGUUCAGGGGACCAAACCAGCCAUCAUCACUGCCUCCAGGCCCAUCACCAAGAUGAUCGUCACCCAGCCCAAAGGCAUGAGCUGUGGGUCCCAGUCCACAGCCACCAAGAUCAUCCCGACCAAGAUAGUUUAUGGACAACAGGGCAAGACACAGGUUCUCAUCAAGCCCAAGCCGGUGUUCCAGGCGGCGGUGGUGAGCGAGCAGACCCGGCAGCUGGUCACUGAGACGCUGCAGCAGGUGACCCGCUCCGCAGAGGUCAGCCAGAGCCAGGCGUCCGGCCCGGACGGCUCCACCAAGGAGGAGAGCGUAACGGAGGCCAGCAGCAGCGGCCCGGCCGGCGAGGGCGCCCACAGCAGCACUCAGGGUACAGACCCCCGCAGCCCCCCCGGCCAGCCCCUCAGGGCUGCGCUGACCGAACCACAGACUGUAGUGCAGGUGAUGGCCUCCAGAGAGCAGGAGUGGGCUGAGCAGGAAGUGGCUGUGGAGGCCAGCCCCACCAUUAUCUACCAGGAGGUGACCGGGGGAGAAUCCCAGUCCGCCACCUCCACUAUAAAAGCCCUUUUGGAGCUUCAGCAGACAACAGUGAAAGAGAAGGCAGAGUCCAAACUCAGGCAGCACACCAUCGACCUGAGCCAGAUGGCGGUGCCUAUCCAGCUGGCCCAGGAGAAAAAGCCCAGCCCCGAGUCCCCAAGGCCCUCCACCUCCGAGGCUGAGCCCAGCUCCGAGCACACAUCAGCAGGCAAAGCCGGCAGGGUGGGGGCGCCCUUGGAGGAAAAUGAUGUGGUUGUGUCCUCCAAUCAGCCGCUGGGGAAGCCUUGUAACAGCAGCCUAGUUACCGUGGUAACCAAACCGGCGGCUGUCUCCUCUGCGGCUGCAGCGUCGCACACGGCCCUGGAUACUAGAGGUAAGGCGGAGGCUGUGCUGGAGGUGGGCGAGCUGGAGGGGGACACCUUGGACCCACAGACGGGCUUGUUCUACCGCUCCGGCCAGCCGCCCGCAGACACCAGCAGCAGAGUUAGUUUUCUGGUCAGUGGUGAGGCGGAGCUGCAGUGUGUCUGUCCGAGGGCUGAUGCAGAGCUGGAAAACCAUCAGCAGAAGUCUCUCCGGGCUCCCGCUGCUGGACGCGCGUGUGGAUCCAUUGCGCCACCAGUACGGGGUUUUGCAGGUCGUCGUCCUGCUGUUGCCACCUGA